GUCUCAGUCGAUUCUUUAUCAAAAUAUUCAAUAUUCAACCUUAAUAGUGUAUGUGUUUCCCUUCUGUUUAUACAUUACCACACAAAAAAAGUUAUUUGUCGGUCAACUUAAGAUAAUGAACAAGCUACUCGUUGCAGGAUCGAUCAUCUUGAAUCUCGUAUUCACAAUUCAUUUUCUUUACAAUAAAUCAACCACGUGGAAUCCGACUUGGACCAACAGAGCCGCCGUGGAAGCAGAGGAAGUAGCCUCUGUUUCAUGCUCAGGCCAUGGAAGAGCUUACGUGGACGGUCUUGGUGUUCUUGACGGCAACAAACCUUCUUGUGAAUGCAAUAACUGCUACACAGGCAACGAUUGCUCCAUUCUUGUCUCAGAUUGUCAUGUCGAUGCUGACUCGAUGGCACAGGAUGAGUUAUCAUUAUCAGAAGUUGGCUCAUUUGUGUCUGCAGAGCUCGAAAGGAUCAUCAAGAAGCUGCACAAUGUAGUGGGAAACGCAGUUACAGAUAAUAGAUUCGUAAUCUUUGGAACCGGAGCUACGCAAUUGAUUGCAGCCUCUAUUCACGCCUUGUCUCAGACUAACUCAUCAACAUCACCUGCAAGACUUUUGGCUUCUGUUCCAUAUUACGCUCUGUACAAGGUUCAAGUGGAGUUCUUUCAUUGUGUAAAGGUCAAGUUUGAAGGAGAUGCGUCUGUGUGGAAGAAGAGUGAGCACAAUGAUAAUAUCACACAAGUUAUAGAGAUAGUGACAUCUCCUAAUAAUCCAGAUGGGAAGCUGGAAAGAGCGGUGCUUGAUGGUCCUAAUGUGAAAACCAUUCAUGAUUAUGCGUAUUACUGGCCUUAUUUCUCACCUAUAACUGUUCCAGCUGAUGAAGAUUUGAGUUUGUUUAGUCUCUCCAAGACUACAGGUCAUGCUGGCUCUAGAUUCGGAUGGGCAUUAGUAAAGGACAAAGAUGUUUAUGAACGAAUGAAAAAUUACAUCACUCUAAGUAGUAUGGGAGUUUCAAGAGAAACACAGCUUCGUGUGCUUCAGUUGCUCAAAGUAGUAGUUGGUGAUGGAGGCGAUGAGAUUUUUCAUUUUGGUUAUGAAACAUUGAAGAAGAGAUGGGAGAUGAUGAACAAGAUCUUUUCCAUGUCCACGCGUUUCUCGUUGCAGACAAUCAAACCUGAGUAUUGCAACUAUUUCAAGAAAGUCAGAGACUUUACUCCUUGCAAGUUUUUCUUCUAAUGCAAGAAAGAUGAGAUUUAGGUCAAAAAAUCUAUUUUGGUCUCGCACGGAUAAUAACUUGUUUGAUUUUCAUUUGAAAGCUUAUGCGUGGGUGAAGUGUGAGAGAUCAGAAGACACAAACUGUUAUGAGAUUUUCAGAGCGGCGAAGAUAACAGGUCGUGAUGGCAAAGUGUUUGGAUCAGAGGGAAGUUUUGUGCGACUGAGUCUCAUUAGAUCACAAGACGACUUUGAUCAACUUAUUGGUAUGUUGAAGAAAUUAGUCUCCCACGAAGUUGUAGGAGCUGUUUCCAUCUGACAACUUGUUGUUGUCAACAAAUGUUUUCAAUCUCAAUCAUAUGUAAGUAAAGUACAUGGGUCACUGACUCACUGUGUGAUGAAGCUUACGUUAUGCUUAUUCAAUGAAAACUUUUGUAAUUUUGUGAAUGAAUUAUUUUGUUUAUGAAACCAAUUCAAUUCAACCAUAU